AUGUCUGAUUGGGUUUCGACGUUUCCUGGAUACAAGCAGGCUCUAUCUUCAGGCAAAAAGUUUUUCGGAAGGGUAAUACAAACGGGACCGGUGCCACAGCAUGUAGGUAUCAUAAUGGAUGGAAACAGACGAUACGCUCGAACUCAUAAAAUCGAGAUUAAAGAAGGACACAGUUUGGGGUUCAAUACUAUGGCUAAUAUUCUAGAGUUGCUUUACGAGUGUGGGGUCAAAGUGGCUACAGUAUAUGCAUUUUCAAUUGAAAAUUUUAAUAGAACCAGUUACGAAAUUAAAUGGUUGAUGGACUUGGCCAAGUCGAAAUUUGCUCAAAUCAAUCAAAACGGAUUACUUUGUGAAGAGUAUGGUGUGCGAAUAAAAUUGAUUGGAAACCUAAAACUAUUGCCCGCUGAUGUAUUGGAGAUUUUACGUGAAACGGAGGAAAUUACUAAAAACAACACCAGGGCGGUGUUGAAUGUUUGUUUUCCAUACACAUCUAGAGACGAAAUGACACAUGCCGUAAAGAGUAUCGUCAGUGAAAGCACUAAAGAGCGGGUAAUUAUAAACGAAGACACUUUAGCGCGCCAUCUUUACACGGGGAAUCUGCCGCCUUUGGAUCUUUUAGUAAGAACUUCUGGCACAUAUAGAUUAUCCGAUUUUUUAUUAUGGCAGUGCGUUUCACCAGAUUGUGCUAUUGUGUUUGUUGAAAAGUUGUGGCCCGAGUUCAAACCAUGGGAUAUGCUAAAGAUAUUAGUUAAUUGGGGUUUCAAUAAAUACUGGUAUGGCAAUUCUAGCGGAUCUGGAUUGAAUCCAAGGACAUUGAGGGAUCUAGAAAGCGACACUGACUUGGAGUUGUUUAAUCUGACUCCUCAUGUUGGAUUUGAGAGAAGAAGUGAGCUUGACGAUGAUGAAGAGGAGGAGGAUACAGACGUAAGUAGUCAAUUAGGAACCGAAGAGGAAACCAUGACGUCGGAGGAUGACGCCGAUGCUAAAGUAAAUACAAAAAUAGCACAGUAA